UAUGUGUAUUGAUUACCGACAGCUGAAUAAAUCUUGUUUCUUCAUCUCGUAAUCAUGUUCCCUUUUCUUCGUCUCUUCCUGUUUCUUUGCCUUUCGUUUUCUUCUUGUUUUGGACAAAUUACCAAUUCUUCUUCAUGUCCUCUCGAUUUCAGUUCACUUCGCAAAAUCAUAGAUCAAAAUUCAAAAAGACCCACUUUGAAUUCCACAGCGCAGUGUCAGUACAUUCGUCAGGGUUUACGUCUAGUUCAAUCGGAGUAUCUCCGCCGUACCAACUCUUUCUUCCCCCCCCUGAGUUCCGCCGAUUCUUGCUGGAACUCUUAUCAGUCUCUGGUCAACGAUUAUGUCCAAAACUUUGAUAUCCGGAGUUCUUGUGGGUUUCAAACAUCUUGGAUCUCUCAGGGUUGUAUGAAUAUCACAACUCGUUCCGAGUUCGAGUCUAAGGUAUCUCCAACUGCGAUUACUAAUAUUGUUUCUUCGUGUAAUCAGUCUUUAGAGAACAAUUCCCCUUGUGCUACUUGUACUACUAGUUUAUCUGGGCUUGCUUCGUAUCUACCUGGUCCUUCUGUUGGAAAUUUGUUCGAUUGUGCGGCUUAUCCUUCGGUUUAUGCAGCUGCUUUUGCUAAUCAGUUUGGACCUACUGAUAAGGGUACUGCAAAAUGUUUGUUUCUUCUUGAUGUUAGUGUUGGUAGCUCAGGGAAAAGUAAGAAGAAUGUGGUUGUUAUUGUGGUGGUGGUAGUUUGUGUGUUGGUUUUCGCACUCGUUGUGUUUGGUUAUUGGUUUCUGUGGAGGAAGAGGAAAAUUGGGUUAGCUAAAAAGUGGAAUACUAAGAGAUUGGAGAGUAAUUUGAGUUCUCGUCUGGAUUCGAUUAGUGGAAGUACUACUUUGAUUAGGUAUGAUUUUGAUGAGAUUAAGGCGGCUACGAAGAAUUUCUCUAGGGUGAAUAUAGUUGGGACAGGAGGGUAUGGGAAUGUGUAUAAGGGUGUGUUGCCUGGUGGGAUUGAAGUAGCUUUGAAGAGGUUCAAGAAUUGUUCGGUUGCUGGAGAUGCGAAUUUCACACAUGAAGUGGAGGUUAUUGCUAGUGUUAGGCAUGUGAAUUUGGUGGCUUUGAGAGGGUACUGCACUGCGACAACCCCUUUUGAGGGUCACCAAAGGAUCAUUGUUUGUGAUUUGAUGAAGAAUGGGAGUCUUCAUGAUCAUUUGUUUGGGACGAGACAUGAGAAAUUGAGUUGGGGUAUUAGGCAGAAAGUUGCAAUUGGCACUGCUAGAGGAUUGGCUUACCUGCAUUAUGGAGCACAACCUGGUAUUAUUCACAGGGAUAUUAAGGCUAGUAAUAUACUUUUAGAUGAGAGUUUUGAACCUAAGGUGGCGGAUUUUGGAUUGGCAAAGUUCACUCCUGAAGGGAUGACUCAUUUGAGCACUCGUGUAGCAGGGACGAUGGGGUAUGUAGCACCUGAGUAUGCUUUGUAUGGCCAAUUGACUGAAAGGAGCGAUGUUUAUAGCUUUGGAGUUGUGCUUCUUGAGCUUUUGAGUGGAAAGAAAGCAAUAAUGGAGUUUAAGGAGGGGCAGCCGACGCUUGUAACUGAUUGGGCCUGGUCAUUGGUUAGGGAAGGCAGAGCAUUAGAUGUUCUUGAAGACAGCAUUCCGCAUUUGGGGCCACCAGAAGUUAUGGAGAAGUAUGUAUUGGUAGCUGUUCUUUGUUCACAUCCACAGUUGUACGCGAGGCCAACAAUGGACCAGGUUGUGAACAUGUUGGACGCUGAGAUACCUGUUCCAACCAUACCGGAGAGACCAAUUUCUCUCAUUGCUGAUCUUGAUGACAUUGAAAGGUCUGUUAGCAGUAGUGGUAACUCAGGUAAUCUGUCCACAGCUGCAGGCUAUCAGGCUUACAUAUUUGAGCGCGAGACACCUCUGGCAGAUAGUGAUUCUGUCAGAGCAAGAACAUUGGAUCACAGAUCGCGAUAGAGCUUUACAGUAUCAUUUUGAUCUGCCUGCCUUGAUUGACAUUCUAUGAGUUGUGAUGAAUAGCUUAUUCAUUGGUUUAUUUGCCUCAAAUUUGUUUCUGAUAUAGGAACCUGAACACUAACACAAAUUGUACAGUGACUAUGUAUGUGUACUCGACUUUUGAUUCUUAUGUAAUA